AUGGUCGAGAUCGCUGGCAAGAAAGUCGGAAGCACCGGCUUCGGCUUGAUGGGCAUGACAUGGCGUCAGAACCCGCAACCAUUCGAGGAAUCUUUCAAGACCAUGAAGGCUGCCUUGGAGGGUGGUUCUAACUUCUGGAACGGCGGCGAGUUCUACGGCACACCUGAGCACAACUCUCUCCACCUUCUGAGGGACUACUUCACCAAGUAUCCCGAGGACGCCGACAAGGUUGUCAUUUCGAUCAAGGGCGGCGCCAAGCCCGGUCAAUUGGAGCCGGAUGGUAGUCGCGAGAAUGUCCACAGGAGCAUCAACGAGUGCCUGCGUCUCCUCGACGGCAAGAAGUUCUUGGACACGUUUGAGUGUGCCCGUGUGGACCCCAACGUUCCCAUUGAGGAUACCAUCUCGUACAUUGCCGAGUUCGUCAAGGCUGGCAAGCUUGGAGGUAUUUCUCUUUCCGAAGUCGGUCCUCAAACCAUCAGACGCGCCGCAAAGGUUCACCCGAUUGCCUUCGUCGAACUCGAAUUCUCCUUGUACUGCACCGACAUUCUGCACAAUGAGAUCGCUAAGACCUGCGGCGAGCUGAACAUUCCUAUCGUCGCUUACUCGCCGCUUGGCCGCGGAUUCCUGACUGGCCAGAUUCGCAGCAUCGAAGAUCUUCCCGAGGGUGACUUCCGCCGCAUAGCACCGCGCUUCCAGCCUGAUGUCUUUGACGAGAACAUCAAGCUUGCAGACGAAGUCGACAAGAUUGCCAAGAAGAAGGGCGUUACUCUUGGUCAAGUCGGUCUUGCUUGGGUCAGGCAACAGAGCGGCAAGAAUGGCCUUCCGACCGUGAUUCCCAUUCCUGGUGCUACCAAGGCUUCUCGUGUCCACGAAAAUGUCAAGGAGAUCACCUUGUCUAACGAAGAAUUGGCUGAGAUUGAUGAGAUCUUGCAGCGGAUAGAGGUCAAGGGUGGGAGAUACCCGGCUUGGGCUGCAGCACACCUGAACGGUUAG